AUGGGCGACGUCCUUGUUGACAAUCCGAUUCAUACUGUCCCGCCUCACAAGAAACUGCCCAUCUCGGACUCCAUUCCAGACAUUGACUCCCUAGAAGGUGUUGGCACCGACAGCAGUGAUGAAUACUCGACACUGAAGAGGUUGCAGAGGCACUUGGAGUAUAUCAAGUUGCAGGAGGAGUAUAUCAAAGAUGAGCAGAGGUCACUGAAGCGAGAGCUGGUGCGCGCACAGGAAGAGAUCAAGCGAAUACAGAGUGUCCCUCUGGUCAUCGGCCAGUUUAUGGAAGCUAUUGAUCAAAACACCGGUAUCGUACAGUCAUCCACAGGGUCAAACUAUGUCGUCCGCAUCCUCUCAACCCUCGAUCGCGAGAAGCUCAAGCCUUCCUCAUCCGUUGCCCUCCAUCGCCACUCGAAUUCCCUAGUCGAUAUUCUUCCUCCAGAAGCGGAUUCCUCUAUUGCCAUGCUUGGAGCCGACGAAAAGCCAGAUGUCACGUACGCCGAUGUUGGUGGCCUCGACAUGCAAAAGCAGGAAAUUCGGGAAGCAGUGGAAUUACCCCUGACCCAUUUCGACUUGUAUAAACAGAUUGGCAUUGACCCCCCACGAGGAGUUCUGCUUUAUGGGCCACCCGGUACGGGAAAGACAAUGUUGGUCAAGGCCGUGGCCAACAGCACCACUGCCAACUUUAUCAGAGUGGUUGGUUCGGAGUUUGUGCAGAAGUAUCUAGGUGAAGGGCCUCGAAUGGUUCGAGACGUCUUUCGCAUGGCUCGGGAGAAUUCUCCUGCGAUCAUCUUUAUCGACGAAAUCGAUGCAAUUGCCACCAAGCGAUUCGACGCACAGACUGGCGCAGAUCGAGAAGUUCAACGUAUUCUGUUGGAAUUGCUCAACCAGAUGGAUGGCUUUGACCAGACGAGUAAUGUCAAGGUCAUCAUGGCGACGAAUCGAGCAGAUACCCUGGAUCCGGCCCUUCUUCGACCUGGACGACUGGAUCGAAAGAUUGAAUUCCCCUCGCUGCGGGACCGUCGAGAACGUCGAUUGAUCUUCAGCACAAUCGCCAGCAAAAUGUCGCUAUCGCCAGAAGUCGAUCUCGACUCUUUGAUUGUGCGGAAUGAUCCAUUGUCCGGGGCCAUCAUUGCAGCCAUCAUGCAAGAAGCCGGCCUCCGGGCAGUGCGCAAGAACCGAUACAAUAUCAUUCAAGCAGAUCUGGAAGACGCCUACUCGAGUCAAGUCAAGGGAGCGCAGGAAGCUGACAAGUUUGAUUUCUACAAGUAG